AUGGAGGCGAAUCACAAUCUUAAUCAUGUAAAUCAACCUCAACCACCGGGAAUCUCUGAAGCAACUCGUCAAUUUGAGGUGGCCAGUAAGUUUUUUCAACUCAUUACUUCAUAUGUUUUAGAGGCAUAUUAUGGAAACGAAGCGACAAUCAUGAAAAGUUUGAUUCAGUCGGGUCACAUUCACGUAAAGGACGAUGGACAAGUUUUGCAGUGGAAUCCGAUGGAGCAGUGUUAUGAUCGUGACUAUCGAUAUCGAAUGACCAAAGAGAGUAAGUCUAUUUUCUUUUCUGUCUUUUUUCUACGUUUAGAAACGACGAAAUUGACUAGAAACGGCGAGUUUCCGAUAUUGUCCAUCAGAUCUCAUGAAGAAUAUCGAAACUCUGUAUGAAUGUGGAUUUAAUGACCUGAAACUUUUAGAAUCGCUUCCGUCUUGGAUUAUAACGCCUCAGGCAGCGCAUGAAGUCGCAAAGAACGUGAGAGGAGCCCAGUUUUUGAGCAGCAAUUAUUAUCGAAAGACGUUGAUCUCGGACAAGCUGAAAUCAAGAGGAGAAAAUGAGCAGACGUAAGAAUUGCUGUUUAAUAGUUGAAUAGCGCCUUCUUCUUGCUGUUGAAUGUCAGUUUCAGGAUAAUGCAAGACGAUGGACGUCGUGAGCAUCAUUUCCCUGAAGUGCUUGACCAUCCCUUCCUGAAGAUCCCUGAAGAGCAUAUUCAUGAGUGUCUUCAGGACAUUUUUGUACGGCAAAAUUAUAAAUCGGUGUAA